GAACGCCGGGCCAAAUGCCUAUUGUGGAACAUUUUAUGAGAUGUUUCUUUACGCGACUAUGUCCCCCCUGCGGUUGGUGACCUUGUAGUGACCCCUCUUGGGAGGGGUAAGGGGCGGGGGGGCACUGAAGCGUAACCAUGGGUACCGGCAGCCAGGUCCGGUUGCUUCUGUGGAAAAACUGGACUCUCCGGAAGAGACAAAAGAUCCGCUUCUUCGCCGAGAUCAUGUGGCCUGUGAUGUUGUUUAUAGGCCUGGUAUGGCUGCGGAGGGCCAACCCGCUCUAUCGACAACACGAGUGUCACUUCCCCAACAAAGCCAUGCCCUCCACGGGGAUCCUGCCGUGGAUCCAAGGCAUCUUCUGCAACGCCAACAAUCCCUGUUUUCAGUACCCCACGCGCGGCGAGUCGCCCGGUCUGGUGUCCAACUACAACAACUCGUUACUGGCUCGCUUCUGGACUGACACGCAGGAGCUGCUCCUGAGAGACCCGGAGUUCCUGCAGCUGGGCCGGCUGUGGCGCGAGCUUGGCGUGAUGGGCAACUUCAUGGACACACUGAGGAGCAACCCCCACCUCAUUGAAGGUCGUGGUGUGAAGGUGGAGGACAUUCUGAAGGACGACGAGACCAUCACCUCCUACCUCCUCAGAGACGUGCCUCUGACCGACUCUGUCGUCAACCAGCUGAUCAACGCCCAGGUCCGACCUGAACAGUUUGCGUACGGAGUGCCUGACCUCCAGCUGAAGGACAUCGCCUGCAGUCAGGAGCUGCUGGGCCGCUUCCUCAUCUUCCCCAGCCGGCGCGGCCUCUACGCCGUCCGCAACGCCAUGUGUGCCCUCACGCCGCAGCGGCUGCAGAUCAUCGAGGACAAGUUCUACGCCAACGUGGACUUCUUCAAGCUCUUCCGCCUGCUCCCUCUCGUGCUGGAUAGCAGCUCUCCCGGAAUGGACCUGCACUUCUGGUCGCAAGUGCUGUCGGCAGCGUCCGAGAAAACCCAAGAGCUGUUCCAUAGGAGUAGCACCGCACAGCUGCUGCGCCUGUUGAUGCCCUGGUUCUCCGGGCCGCCGUCCUUCAGCGAGACGAUGUCGGCCGUGUCCAGCCUGGUGUGCGGCUACUCGGAGGGGGCGUUCUCGCGCGUCGCCUCCUUCAACUGGUACGAGGACAACAACUACAAGGCCUUCCUGGGCAUCGACGGCUCCAGGGGUCAGCGGGAGUACGACUACGAUGACUCGACCACGCCCUUCUGCAAUGACCUGAUGCGGCAGCUGGAGUCCAACCCCGUCACGCGCAUCGUGUGGCGUUCGGUCAAGCCCCUCCUCAUGGGGCACAUCCUCUACGCUCCGGACUCGCCGGCCACCCGCAAGAUCGUCAAGAAUGCUAACACCACGUUUGAGGAGCUGGAGAGGCUGAGGAACAUGGGCCUGGCCUGGGAAGAGGUGGGUCCUCAAGUGUGGACCUUCUUCCAGGACAGCAUCCAGAUGAAGAUGGUCCGGGACUCCAUCAGGAACCCCACGGUGAUGGAUCGCAUCGAGCGGAGCCUGGAGAACGUGCCGUUCUCUGUGCACGACAUCCUCAACUUCCUGUUCAACGGGCCCGAGGAGGAGCGAGCCCCCGGCAUGCCCAAGUUUGACUGGCGCAACGUCUUCAACGCCACCGACCGCGUCAUCCGCGCCAUGAAUCAGUACGCCGAGUGCCUGGUGCUGGACAAGUUCAACGCCGUGUCCAGCGAGGACGAGCUGACCUACCACGCGCUGAACCUGCUGGAGGACAGCAAGCUGUGGGCAGGGCUGGUGUUUGAGGAGGUGUACCCCUGGACCACCGAGGUCCCCCAGCACGUCAAGUUCAAGAUCCGCAUGGACAUCGAUGUGGUGGAGCGCACCAAUAAGAUCAAGGACAGGUAUUGGGACCCAGGUCCCAGAGCCAGUGCCAUGGACGACCUGCGUUACGUGUGGGGCGGCUUUGCCUACCUGCAGGACAUGGUGGAGCACGCGGUCAUCAAGACGCACACGGGGAAGGAGUGGCCACUGGGCAUCUACCUGCAGCAGAUGCCCUACCCCUGCUACGUGGACGACCUCUUCAUGCUGACGCUGAACCGCUGCUUCCCCAUCUUCAUGGUGCUGGCGUGGGUCUACUCCGCCUCCAUGAUCGUCAAGAGCAUCGUGCUGGAGAAGGAGCUCCGCCUCAAGGAGACCCUCAAGACCAUGGGCGUCACCAACGGCGUCAUCUGGGCCACCUGGUUCAUCGACAGCUUCAUCGUCAUGGCGGCCAGCACUGCCCUCCUGACCGCCAUCACCAUGGGCGGUAAGGUGUUGAACUACAGCGACCCCUUCAUCCUCUUCCUGUUCCUGCUGGCGUUCACCACGGCGACCAUCAUGCAGUGCUUCCUGCUGAGCGUGUUCUUCAACAAGGCCAACCUGGCGGCGGCGUGCUGUGGCAUCGUCUACUUCACGCUCUACCUGCCGCACGUCCUCUGCUUCGCCUGGCAGGACCGCAUCACCAAGGACAUGAAGCUCAUGUUUAGUCUCUUGUCUCAGGUGGCGUUUGGCUUCGGGACAGAGUACCUGUCUCGCUACGAGGAGCAGGGUCUGGGGCUGCAGUGGAACAACAUCCAGACCAGCCCGCUGGAGGGAGACGAGUUCUCCUUCCAGACCUCCAUCGCCAUGCUGGGCGUGGACACGGUCAUCUACGCCCUGCUCGCCUGGUACCUGGACAACGUAUUCCCAGGACAAUAUGGCAUCGGUCGGCCAUUUUACUUCUUCGUCCAGCCCUCCUACUGGUCUGGCCAGGAACCGCCUGCGCCCAUUAUAGAGAAGAAGGAGGUCCCUCAGGAGAAACCGGUUUUCGAUAACCUGGCGAAGGAGGCCCCCGUCGAGCCGGCGCCCGAGCCUCCGUCCCCAAAGUCCACGCAAAACGACCAGGGGAGACGCGGCUCCUGCAAGCACCAGGACCUCCGGGAGAAGAUGGAGAAGCUGGAGAAGGAGCGCGAGGAGCAGCUGAAGAGGCUGGAGGAGGAGGAGGAGGAGGCGUACCACAACCUGUCCGAGGAGCAGAGAGGGAACUCGUACUUUGAGGACGAGCCCACGGGGCUGGUGGUGGGCGUGAGCGUGCAGGACCUGGUCAAGGUGUUCAGCGGCAGCGCCCGGCCUGCAGUGGACGGCCUCAGCAUCACCUUCUACGAGGGACAGAUCACCGCCUUCCUGGGCCACAAUGGGGCCGGCAAGACCACUACCAUGUCCAUCCUCACGGGAAUGUUCCCUCCGACCUCUGGGACGGCCCUCAUCUACGGCAACGACAUCCGCACAGACAUGGACGCCAUCCGCCAGUCCCUGGGCAUGUGCCCCCAGCACAACAUCCUCUUCAACAACAUGACGGUGGCGGAGCACAUCCUGUUCUACUCUCUGCUGAAGGGCAGGCCUCUGCCGGAGGCGCAGGAGGAGGUGGAGAACAUGCUGGAGGACCUGGGCCUGCCGCACAAGAGGGACGAGGAGGCGCAGAACCUCUCAGGUGGCAUGCAGAGGAAGCUGUCCGUUGCCAUGGCGUUUGUUGGCGGGGCGAAGGUGGUGUUCCUGGACGAGCCCACGUCAGGAGUGGACCCCUACUCCCGCCGCUCCAUCUGGGACCUGUUGCUCAAGUACCGCACAGGCCGGACGGUGAUCCUGUCCACGCACCACAUGGACGAGGCGGACCUGCUGAGUGACCGCGUGGCCAUCAUCUCUCAGGGCCGCCUGCACUGUUACGGCUCGCCGCUCUUCCUCAAGAAGCGCUUCGGCGCCGGCUUCUACCUCACACUGGUGCGCCGCAUGAAGGACGAGCCACCACGCAUCAAAGAGGGGCAGUGCGACUGCACGGAGGAGUGCUCGUGUAAGUGCUCCAUCUGCACCAAGUUUAAAGAGGGCGUCCUCGCCGAGCCUGUGGUGCCUCGCAGACAGAUGGAAGGCGACGUGGUGUCCAUCACAGCCCUGGUGCACCACCACGUCCCGGAGGCGCGUCUGAUCGAGGAGAUCGGCCAGGAGCUGACCUACCUGCUGCCCCACCGGGGCUUCAAGCACCGCGCCUACGCCAGCCUGUUCCGCGAGCUGGAGGAGACCCUCUCCGACAUGGGCCUCAGCAGCUUCGGAGUGUCCGACACGUCCCUCGAGGAGAUAUUUUUGAAGGUUACAGUCGAUGGAGAGACGGCCUACCUUGGGAAAGCAGCUCCAGAGGCGGCGAAGGAGAAGGAGGCGCACGCCAACGGGCAGGGCGGGCAGCAUCCCAGCGGAGAGGGUCGGGGCUCCACGCAGGUGAAGGGCGUGUGUCUGAUCAUCAAGCAGUUCAUCGCCCUGCUCAUCAAGAGGUUCCACCACGCCACGCGCUCCAGCAAAGACUUCCUGGCCCAGAUUGUUCUUCCUGCCAGCUUUGUGUGUCUGUCUCUGAUGUUCACCCUGAUCGUCCCCCCGUUUGGAGAGUACACCAGUCUGACCCUCACGCCGUGGAUGUACGGCAGGCAGUUCACCUUUUUCAGCAAUGAGCGGGCCCAGGAUCCUGGCAUGAGGUACUUUGCGGACGUGCUGCUGAACAAGCCUGGCUUUGGGACACGCUGCAUGGCAGACGAGCCUCUCGAGGACUUUCCCUGUAACAACAUCACCACGGAGUGGGAGAUGCCGCUGGUCAACCCGGCGCUGAUCGAGAUGCUGGAGGGGCCGGAGUGGACGCAGCUGGGGCCGUCCCCCGGGUGCCAGUGCAGCACGGCCAGGAAGCUCACCAUGCUGCCCGUAUGCCCAGAGGGAGCCGGAGGACUGCCCCCGCCACAGAGGAUUCAGUCCACAGGAGACGUGCUGUUGGAUUUGACAGGCAGAAACAUUUCUGAUUAUCUGGUGAAGACAUAUCCCACUCUGAUCAGCACCAGUUUGAAAAGCAAAUAUUGGGUGAACGAACAAAGGUAUGGGGGCAUUUCUGUGGGCGGUCAGCUUCCAGUCCUGGAUGUAGAACCCAAAACAAUCCGGGAUGCAGCGACCCAGUUAGGGCGCUUCCUCAAUGUCACAGGGGGAAAAUAUUCCAAACUCACUCUACAGGAGAUUGGAACAUUUCUAAAAUACAUGGAGACUGAAUACAAUGUAAAGGUGUGGUACAACAACAAAGGCUGGCAUGCCAUGGCGGCCUUCAUGAAUGUGGCUAACAAUGCCAUCCUGAGAGCCCAUCUGCCCAACAGUGCCAACCUAGCAGAGUAUGGCAUCACCGUCACCAACCACCCCCUGAACCUCACCAAGGAGCAGCUCUCGGAAGUCACAGUUCUCAGCACGUCAGUGGACGCGGUGGUGGCCAUCUGCGUGAUCUUCGCCAUGUCCUUCGUGCCGGCCAGCUUCGUACUCUACCUCAUCCAGGAGCGGGUGACCCAGGCCAAGCACCUGCAGUUCGUCAGCGGGGUCAGCCCCAUGGUGUACUGGACCGCCAACUUCUUCUGGGAUAUGGUGAACUACUCCGUGAGUGCAGGCAUGGUGGUGGCCAUCUUCAUGGCCUUUGAGAAGAAGUGCUACACCUCGCCCGCCAACCUCAACGCCCUCAUCGCUCUGCUGUUGCUUUAUGGAUGGUCCGUGACACCCAUGAUGUAUCCCCUGUCGUACGUGUUCAAUGUCCCCAGCACGGCCUACGUGUCCCUGUCGAGCAUCAACCUCUUCAUAGGCAUCAACAGCAGCGCCAUCACCUUCAUCCUGGAUCUCUUUGACAGCACGGCAGCUGUCUACAAGUGCAACCAGGUCCUGAAGAAAGCCCUCCUCAUCUUCCCUCACUUCUGCCUGGGUCGAGGGCUCAUCGACAUGGCCAUGAACCAGGCGGUGACUGAUGUCUACGCGCGCUUCGGGGAGGACUUCAGCCUUGACCCCUUCAGCUGGGACUUCCUGGGGAAGAACCUGUUCUUCAUGGCUAUCGAGGGCUUCGUCUACUUCACCAUCAACAUCCUCAUCCAGUACCGCUUCUUCCUCACACACUGGAUGCCUGACCGUGCACAGCGCCCUCUAGUGGAUGAGGAUGUGGACGUGGCUAAGGAGAGGGAACGCCUCCAUGCAGGCUGCAGCAGCACCGACAUCCUGCAGAUCAGAGACCUCACCAAGCUGUACCAAGGACGUAAGCAUCCAGCCGUGGAUCGAAUCUGUGUGGGUGUGUCACCAGGAGAGUGCUUUGGUCUUCUGGGUGUGAAUGGAGCUGGAAAGACGACCACCUUUAAAAUGCUGACGGGAGACAUUGAUGUCACCUCAGGAGAGGCUGCGAUCACUGGGCAUAGCAUCCUGACCAACAUCCUGGAUGUCCAUCAGAAUAUGGGCUACUGCCCUCAGUUUGAUGCCAUCGACGAGCUGCUGACCGGCCGGGAGCACCUGCACAUGUAUGCCCGCCUAAGAGGGGUCCCAGAGUCGGAGAUCAGCAGGGUGGCGGAGUGGGCCAUCCAGAAGCUGGGUUUGUCUGAGUACGCUGGUCGCAGUGCCGGCACCUACAGUGGAGGGAACAAGCGCAAACUCUCCACGGCCAUCGCCAUGAUUGGCUGCCCAGCCCUGGUGCUGCUGGACGAGCCAACCACUGGCAUGGACCCCCACUCCCGACGCUUUCUCUGGAACUCCAUCAUGAGCGUCAUACAGGACGGACGCGCCGUGGUGCUCACUUCACACAGCAUGGAGGAGUGCGAGGCCCUGUGCACCCGUCUGGCGAUCAUGGUCAACGGCACCUUCAAGUGUCUGGGCACCAUUCAGCACCUCAAAUACAAGUUUGGCGAUGGCUAUGUGGUCACCAUGAAGAUCCGGGCAGCCAAGGAGGGGGCGGAGCCGGACCUGAACCCGGCCGAGGCCUUCAUGGAGAGCACGUUCCCCGGCUGCGUCCAGCGCGAGAAGCACUACAACACGCUCCAGUACGAGAUCGGCACCUCCUCGCUGGCGCGCAUCUUCCAGCUGGUGCUCGCCAACAAGGAGAGGCUCCACAUCGAGGACUACUCCGUCUCUCAGACCACACUAGACCAGGUGUUUGUGAACUUUGCCAAGCUGCAGUCCAGAGAGGAGCACACCAUGGUGCUGCACCCCAGAGCCGCGGGCGCCCGGCGGGACGUCAAGGUCACGCCGGAGAGGGCGAAGAACUGA